AUGUGCCGUUCUCCGGCUGUGAAAUGUGACUGGAAAAUAACUGGCACAAUGUCCAGCGUGAACAGCGUCGGCUCCAGUUUGGAGGGCAGAAGCAAAGGUCUGCUGGACCUUUGGGCACUGAAUGAGCAAAUGCAUGAAGCUAGAGAGCUUGCAUUGACCCUGAAAGACUCUGGCACAUCAACCAUGUCCCUGAAUGCUUCGAUGGACAAUGUCACCAUGGUUCCUUUGUUCUUGGGCCUUAAUCUCCUCUUUGAGUUGAAGCCUCUCUUCAUCCCGCUGUACGUUGUCUUAGUGGUUGUGGCUUGUGCCGGUAACCUCAUCCUUGUGGCUCACAUCUCCACCACCAAGAAGCUUCACACGACCACCAACUUCCUCAUCGGCAACCUGGCAGCCUCCGACUUGGUGAUGUGCAUCUUCUGUGUUCCAAUGACAGUGUCCUACGCAUUCGAAACCAAAGGAUGGCUUUUCGGGAUCUUCAUGUGCUAUUUCAUCACCCUCAUGCAAUCCACCACCGUCUUUGUGUCUGUCUUGUCCCUCACCGCCAUAGCAGUGGACAGAUAUGUGGUGGUGGCAUACCCAAUCCACCAAAGGAUCAGACCACGGUACUGUGCCUACAUCGUUGCCUUUAUCUGGCUGGUCUCAGCUGGUGUUUCAAUGCCUUCCUGUUUGCACACCAGCUAUAUCGACCUCAACCAGAUUGGGUACAACAUGAUCAUCUGCGAGGAGGCCUGGAUUGACUUGGACAGCCAAAGGCUGCUCUAUUCCUGCGUCAUGCUGCUGCUCUCCUACAUGCUCCCACUCUGCGCCGUCUCCAUCUCCUACUGCGCCAUAUCCCACCACUUAAAGAAACGGAGUGUCCCCGGCGCGGCCUCCUGCAGCCAGGACAAGUGGUCAAAGAAGAGGAGGAGGACUUUCUGGAUGCUAGCCAUUUCUGUCCUGUCCUUUGCCCUGUGCUGGUUCCCUCUGCAGGCAAUCAAUCUGAUACGGGACAUUGACCUGGACAUCUUAGACAAGAGCUACAUCAAUGUGAUCCAGAUCGCCUGUCAUUUGGUUGCCAUGAGCUCUGCCUGUUACAACCCCUUCAUCUAUGCCUCCCUCCACAACAAGUUCCGAGUCCAGCUGAGCAACCUCUUGUUCUGCAACAAGAAGCAGGCAAACACUAGCACAUUCAGCCAAACCUCCCGUAUGAGAUAUACCAUCACCUCUCUAGAUACGCCUGCUACCAACAAUUUAAAGGAUAAACUCUGUCUGAGGUAG